CUGGUAUGGUCGGGGAAAAGGUGCAUUAAAGUUGUGAAUCCAGCCAGCUCCAUCGCGGGCCCUUGCAUCGAGGACAUCUUAACAAGGCGAUGCCUCCAUCAUGAAGGAGCCUCGCCAUCGAUGGGAGGAGGGAAGCCUGACGACGACGUUUUAUAAACAGUGUCUCCCCUCCCGCCACCAGACACACCACCUCACUAUUCCGCUCUUACUUUACACUACAGUACUUUAAAAAAAUAUGUUCUUAAUUUAAUCUAUGGUAAUUAUAUAUCGCACUGCUGCCGCAAAUACAACAGGUUUAGUCGGUGACAAUAAACUUGAUUUCUGAUUCUACUUGUAUAAUUUCAACAAAUAAGAAUAAACUGGAUUUGGGAUUUGUAAAGGACCCUGUCUCCCCCCGGGGCCUCUCAUACUUGGCGUUGGAAACACAACCCUGGGCCGAGCCAGGCGGAAGACGUGGUUUUGCCGAGGCUGUAGAUAACGAGCGCGUUCCAGCGUCCUUCCCAGUCAGGCGGAGGCUGUGUGGCAAUCUCUCACCCCGAGCCGGGUCGGUGCCUAACCAACCACUCUCAGAGCGCCUCCCCCUCGCUCCCUGCUCUCUCCAGCAGCUCUGCCUUACAGAGACGGAGAGUGCUGAUUGGUGAAGGAGGAUGAAGAUCGCUGUGAUUGGACAAAGCCUGUUUGGCCAAGAGGUGUACAAAGAACUGAAAAAGGCAGGGCACGAGAUCGUGGGAAUAUUCACAAUCCCGGACAAAGACGGGAAGGAGGAUGCUCUUGCUGCAGAAGGUGCGAAGGAUGGAACGCGGGUUUUCAAGUACCCUCGGUGGAGGGUGAAAGGGGCUGCCAUCCCUGAGGUGGUGAGGGAGUACUCCAGCCUCGGAGCUGAGCUGAAUGUCCUGCCGUUCUGUUCCCAGUUCAUCCCGAUGGAAGUCAUUGACUUUCCCAAGCAUGGCUCCAUCAUUUACCACCCAUCCCUGCUGCCCCGGCACAGGGGGGCUUCCGCCAUUCAACUGGUAAGUGGAAGCUGCCCCUCAUCUCUGUGUGAUUGGUCAGUGGGUAAAGGCUAGUGGGCAAUGGUCAGU